GCAAGAUUGGCAACUCUAUUUGCAAAAUCACGACGUGCCUGUAAAAAUAAUUCCGUACGUCAACAGCUAGGAAUUUCUUGAGAAAUCAAUUUAAAAGUUAUCCUAGUGUAUUGAACAUUUAAGUGUUAAAUAAUAUUUGUUUAUUGGUCACUAAUACCCAGUGAGAGAUAUUUUUAGAAUUUUAUUUCUUAGUUUUUGGGGCGCCAUUUUGUAUAUGCCGGUGGACUUUACGUAGAACUUUUUAAAUAUUGGAAAGUGUUGAUCCGUAAAAAGUUGUUUGGUGAUAAUUUCGAAACGUCCGUUUCGUUCUCCAGCCCAACAGUUGGAUGAAAUUAUGAGUAUAAAGUUAAGCCUACAAUGCUAAUUUGAAAUCAAAAUACAAAAAUGACUAUUGCAACAAAGGCACAAGGGCUGGCGGCAGAGACCGGUGAUACACAAGCUCUAUCACCUGGACAAUCGGAUGCGAAUCCAGACGACGUCCAGGACGAGGACUUUGAACCGGACUUUCCGAAAGACAAAUUAGCUUCUCUAGAUGAAAAGAUAUCCAAUCUUCGUUGGGUGGUGCCCGUGCUGCCCGAGCAAGAAUUGGAAUUCCUAUUGAAAGUGUCCAUCGAACUGGCUCGCAAAAAUCUCGACACAAGAUCUGAACCGUGCCAGCGGUUUUUCAGGGAAGGCUUGACCGUAUCGUUUACGAAAAUACUCACAGACGAUGCGGUGUCCAGCUGGAAACCCAACAUCCACACUUGCAUUUUCCAGAAUUGCCUUAAGUUGAUCGAAUUGUGCGUGGUGAAGUUACCUCACGAUUGGUUCCCGUUGUUAGACCUACUGGCCAUGGUCUUGAACCCCAACAAUAAAUUCCACAGUUUCAAUUCGUCGAGGCAAAGCGACAGCGCCGGGCCCAGUUCGAAUUUAACCGAGGAGGAACUGUUCGCCAGGCCCUCUACGGAUAUGAGAAACCCGCGCGGUUGGCUGGUAGAUCUCGUAAACAAGUUCGGCGAAUUAGGCGGUUUUCAAAUUCUCUUAGAUAGGUUUCAAUCCGGUAAAAAUUUAAGUAUAUCUAUAGUGUUCGCUUUGUUGAAGCCGUUUGGUUUGUGCUACGAGUUCUUAACUACGCAUACGAUAAACAAAUACAUCUUGCCGAUAUUAGAAAUGAUUCCCGGCAUAUUGGAUAAAUUAUCCGACGAGGAACUGAAGAAGGAGGCGAAGAACGAACAAAAGAGCGAUAUCGUGUCGGCUAUAAUAAAAGCUUCGAAAAAUUUGGCCUCGCGAGCGCCCAAUCAAGACGAACUGAUCCGAACAUUGGAAGGCUUCAGAUUAACGAUGAUCCUCAGGCAAUUGCAAAUAUCGAGUUUCAACGGCAAAAUGAACGCCCUCAACGAAAUCAACAAGGUCAUCUCUAGCGUCACUUACUACCCCAACCGGCACCACGGUAUGGAAGAAGAGGAAUACCUAACGCCCGAACGUAUGGCGAAGUGGAUAAACGAAAACAAAGUCCUCGAAAUAGUCCUGAGGGAUUCCCUCCACCAGCCCCAAUACGUAGAAAAAUUAGAAAAAAUCCUGCGAUUCGUGAUAAAAGAACGAGCCCUGAGCCUGGAGGAUUUGGACGCGAUUUGGGCCGCCCAAGUGGGCAAACACGAAGCCAUAGUCAAAAACGUGCACGAUCUACUCGCGAAAUUGGCCUGGGAUUUUAGCGCCGAGCAGCUAGAUCACCUGUUCGAGUGCUUCCAAAACAACUGGACGUCGGCCACUAAAAGGCAACGAGAAAGACUGUUAGAAUUGAUCAGACGAUUGGCCGAAGACGACAAAGACGGCGUCAUGGCCCACAAAGUGCUGACCCUGUUUUGGAAUUUGGCGCACGCCGAAGACGUGCCCACGGAGAUAAUGGAUCAAGCUUUGGCAGCUCACGUGAAAAUUCUGGAUUACAGUUGUUCCCAGGAAAGGGACGCCCAAAAGACCAUUUGGCUGGAUAAGUGCGUGGAUGAGUUGAAGAACGGCGAAAUGUGGGAAUUGCCAGCGUUGAAACAAAUUAGAGAAAUUUGCACUCUCUACGAGCAGAAUACGAACGGAAGCCACGCGCAACGCACCCAUCACAUAUACUACAGGCAAGACGUGAUAGAACGGUUACAAAACCAACAUUCUUUAGUUAUAUUGGUUACGAAUAGCCUUUGUAAUUACAUGGAUAGAUUAAGGGAAUUGUACAAAGAUAAUCCGGAAUUAACUAGCGAAUCUUACGUGCCGGACGGUCGGUACUGUCACGCCUUACAAGUACAAGAAAGACUGAAUUUUCUCAGAUUUCUACUCAAAGACGGACAAUUGUGGCUGUGCGCCGAACAGGCGAAGCAAAUUUGGCAAUGUUUGGCGGAGAACGCGGUGUUCCAAAGCGACAGGGAGGCCUGCUUCAAGUGGUUUUCGAAGCUGAUGGGCGACGAACCGGACUUGGAUCCCGGCAUUAACAAGGACUUUUUCGAAAACAACAUUUUGCAAAUCGAUCCCGUCUUGUUGACGGAAAGCGGCAUCAAGUGCUUCGAGCGUUUCUUCAAAGCCGUCAACAUGAAGGAGGGAAAAGUUCGAUACAAGAGAAGGUCGUUGUUAACCGAAGAUCCGGAUCUAAUAGGUUUAGAAUAUUUAUGGAAAAUUGUUACCCUGUGUGCGAACGACAUAGCCAACAGAGCUAUAGAGUUACUCAAAGAAGUCAGCACCAACCUGGGGCCGAGGUUGGCCCAAUCUCAGUUAGCUUUCCACGAAAAUUACAUAACCGACUGCUACGAUAGGUUAAGGGCCCACUACGAUACUCUGAGCAUUUUACAAAAGUCCACCAACGACAAAGACUUCGACAGCAAUCAAAUCCAAAACCGAAUCAAAGCCGAAGCCGUAAAAAUUUGCAGGGUGCUGAAGGUGUUGCACGAGUACGUGUGCGAGUGCGACAACACGUUCGUGGGGGAGAGGAAGAUUCUACCUUUGCACAGGGCGUGCCACGGUAAACAUUUGACUCUUAUUGUGAGAUUUUCUAGUCCGAAUAGACAAGUGGAGGAUUUGGAAUUGUAUACGCAUUCGAACGAUACUUUGGCGUCGCUCAGGAAAUACAUUUUGAGGCGAAUCAAACCGGGGAUGCAUUGUAAGCUCGAACUGUUCGUUAACGGUGAGCCGCUCGAGCCUACUGAAGAUCGAAAGUUACUAUCGCAAAUUCCUAUUAGGGAUAAAAUGUUGAUAUCGGCUAAGGUAGUCCAGGUGAAUUCCAACAUGGCGUCGUCGCAAGACAGCAGUUCGGACAGUUCUACCUCAUCUCCCCAUCAUCCUUACGACGGGCCGAACUUGGAAGCGGAGAACUUUUUGCCGGGCGUUUUGAUGUCCCACCAAUUUUUUUACUCGCAAUUUUUCUGCCAAUUGAUGAAUUUAGGCAGCACAUUGCCGUUUUCCUUGCUAAGAGACAUGGCCCACGCUCUCCUCCAAUUGAUGCCCUGCGAUAUCAUGACCAUGGAAAAGUUGAAGUUGCUCUUUUCCGCGCCGGGAGAGCAGAACGUCAGUAUGGAUAGCAUGUUUUUUAGCGCCACGCCUGCAGAGGUGUUAUACAACUUGGAAGUGCUUUAUUCGAUGCUGAUGCCAGCGCUGGACGCGCUGUCUGAGAAAUCGUACGAAUUUCAGUACAAUUUUCUGGUAUCGGGCGAGGCGCACGUGUUCCUCGAGAUGUUGACCAAAAAUAAUUUCAUGUCGAGCGCCGAUAACGUGAUCAGACGGUCCGCUUAUUUGGUGGUUUUGAAAAUUUGCAAAUUAAUUUUAACAUCGGUCGCGCACGUGCUGGUGCGAUUGAGCGAGGAUCAUACGCCUUCGGAGAACGAAAUGGUCAACGAGAACACCACCACGCCCGGCACGUUUCUGAGGCAAGCUUUGCGGAACGUUCCAGGUCAUUCGGAUCACCUUUUGCGACAAGUGUCUAUGAAGCUCGCCCAGGGACUGGCUCAAUUGAUGGUGGCCGAAACGGGAAACACCGGCCAGGCGCAGGCCCUCUUCAGCCAGGCUUUAAAUUGGGAAUUGCCCGAUUUGGCGACCACUCUAGCAUUAGUACGCCUCGUUUGGGCGGCCAGUAGCAACAAUUUGGGCGCCGUGAACGCUUCGUUGGAAAACUUGCACGUUCUAUCGGAGGCGUGCAACAAGAACACGGCCGAUUUGAUAAACGACAACGUGCUACUGUGCAAGGAGGCAUUAGAACUGCUCAGCACCGCCGUGGUUUUGAACCCCAGCAGUUUGCAGCACUUGUAUCAGGACAACUGGUGGCCCUGUUUCGUCACCGACUUGGUGUUGGUCAAUCCGAACUGUUCGAUAAGAGUAGCGGCGGCCGAACAGUUGAUUAUUAUUUGCACGUACGGCGCCGGUAGUCGAUUGGCCUUGCAACUCAUCAUGCCGCUGCUAUUCUCUCUCAUCAACACGAUCGUCGUGGAAAACGCCAAUACUUCGCACGAAUUUUUCCAAUUGCUCUGCAGAUUGGUCAAUGUCGCUUACCUCACCGGUUGUCCCAUUACCGGCGUGGAAACUCUUUUAUCCAACGAGGUGGCGUGGUUGCGCAAGGCCAGAGACAAGCACGAGGUGCUGAUCGAAGGACACUUGCUCCUGGCAAAAGAACUCCUGCUGUUCAUUUCGUCGGAGCAGAAAUGCGAACUGGGCAGCGCCGAAUCGGGCAGUCUGAUCAAGGAGUUGCUGGAGGACUUUUUGUUUCCCGCCAGCAAGCUGAUGUUGCGAUUGAACAAGACGGGGCAAUUGGGCGAGGAUCCGGCCAUUCCGAUAUGCGAUACGCCCCAAACGCAGGCGGCGGCUUUCGAUUUGCUCAUCGCCUUGUGCUUGAAUUGCGUGCAAAACUACAAGCAGCUCGUCAGCAUGCUGACGGAAAUGUUUUAUUCCGUUUCAGAAACGGCGAUAACCGAAUGGGAUUAUCUACCGGCCGUGGGGCCGCGACCGUUCCAAGGGUUCGUCGGUUUGAAAAACGCCGGAGCGACUUGUUACAUGAACUCCGUUUUGCAGCAAUUGUACAUGGUCGAUAGCAUAAAGGAAGGUGUCCUGGAUGCCGAAGGUGCAGCUACGGAUCCAAACGAAGAUUUCACGGGCGAGGAGAGACUGGAUUUGGAUGUCGAUUGUACGGACGAUAGGAAUAGUUUAGACGAUAAUAGGAGGGAUUAUAACGUUGGUAUAUUGAAGCAAGUUCAGGCUAUAUUCGGUCAUUUAGCUUGUUCGCGACUUCAGUAUUACGUGCCUCGGGGACUCUGGAGACAUUUCAAACUUCAAGGAGAACCAGUUAAUCUCAGAGAACAGCAAGACGCUGUGGAAUUUUUCAUGUCUUUGGUGGAAAGUCUGGAUGAAGCGCUGAAAACACUGGGCCACGAGCAAAUAAUGUCGAAAAUAUUAGGUGGUUCCUAUUCAGAUCAAAAAAUUUGCAAGGGCUGUCCACAUCGUUACUCUAAAGAAGAACCAUUUAGUGUGAUAAGCGUAGAUAUAAGGAACCAUAGUAGUUUACCCGAUUCCAUGGAGCAGUAUGUCAAAGGUGAUUUAUUAGAAGGUGCUGAUGCUUAUUAUUGUGAAAAGUGCGCGAAAAAAGUGGUGACUGUUAAGCGUCUCUGUGUUAAAAAACUGCCUCCCAUUCUAUGUAUACAAUUGAAACGGUUCGAGUACGAUUUCGAGCGGGUAUGCGCCAUUAAAUUCAACGAUUAUUUCGAGUUUCCUCGCGACCUCGACAUGGAACCAUACACGGUAUCUGGUUUGGCGAAAAUCGAAGGUGAAAUUAUAGACUGUGAUUUAGAUCCUAGUAAUAACGACGUUUGUACAAAGUAUCGAUUGUCUGGAAUUGUUGUGCAUUCUGGGCAAGCCUCUGGGGGACAUUAUUACUCGUAUAUUAGAAGUAGGGAUCCUUCGGGCGAAAUUAGGUGGUAUAAAUUCGAUGAUGGAGAUGUGUCUGAAUGUAGAAUGGGCGAAGACGAGGAAAUUAAAGUGCAGUGUUUCGGAGGCGAUUACAUGGGAGAAGUGUUCGACCCUAUGUUAAAAAGGACUGCCUAUAGGAGACAAAAACGAUGGUGGAACGCAUACAUGUUAUUCUAUACCAGGCACGAUGUCGAAGAAGAGAGCUGUUCAAAAAUGUUGGACCAGUUAUCGAUUUCGGGCACCAGAAAAGAAACCCACCUAAAAAUGCCUGUGGCAAUCGAAAAUAGUAUAAGGAAACAAAACAUCAAAUUCCUACACCACAGAAGCCAAUUCUCGUUGGAAUAUUUCACGUUCGUGAGAAAGCUGGCGACCAGUUCGGCCCAGCAAAGCAACAGCAGGCACGGCCAACCGUUACCCAACGAUCAAUUAGAACAGCAAUAUCUGCUCAGCGUGCAACUAGUCAGUAAUUUCCUUUUCCACACCGGGUGGCAUACCAAAAAAAAUCUCAGAGGCUCCGCUAUGGAAUGGUGCGACGUUCUCUGUCUGCAUUUGCGCACGUCUCCGAUAAUCCGUUCGUGGUUCGCGCACAACAUGCUAUUCAAUCACAUGUCGCGGUUCUGCGAAUAUUUGCUGAGCUGUCCGAGCAACGAGGUGCGUUCGGCGUUCAUCAAAAUAGUCGUUCUGUUGGCGCACUUUUCGAUCAACGACGGCCCGUCGUCGCCUCCUGCCGCCUUUAACAACAACGACGCCACCGGCUCGCUGAGCGAUCACAUACUGUGGGCGUUGUUGAGCCUGUUGCAGCGGGAAGUGAGCGAACACGGGCGACAUCUACCUCACUAUUGCACGGUGUUUCACAUGUACGCAAAUCAAGGUGUUCAAGAAAAAACUCAGUUACUUAAGAUGAACGUUCCGGCCACGUUUAUGAUGGUCGCCCUCGACGAGGGCCCUGGCCCGGCGAUUAAGUAUCAGUUCACCGAAUUGGGUAAGCUGAACCAAUUGGUAUCUUGUCUAAUAAGGUGCUGCGACGUGAGCGGGAAGUGCGAGAAUAGCAACAGCGGUCCGGUGUUACCGAAUCCGUACAAGGAUCCCACGAUACAGGAUUACAUUAUGCCCAUAUCGAGUCAAGCUGCCGAAUUUCUUUUCAAUAAGAAUGUAUAUAUAAAAAAAGUGAUAGAGGAUACAAAUUUGACUGACGACGCUAUAAAAUUCCUGCAAUUUUGUUCGUGGGAAAACCCGCGUUUCUCCAGGACCGUGUUGUCUGAGUUAUUGUGGCAAAUAGCGUACGCUUAUUGCCAGGAUCUUAGGCAUCACAUUGAAAUAUUACUGUCAAUUUUACUAAUAGAGGAUUCGUGGCAAACGCAUCGGAUACACAACGCCAUUAAAGGCGUUCCUGAAGAGCGAGAAGGCCUUUUGGAAACGAUCAUACGCGCCAAGACGCACUACCAGAAACGGGCGUAUCAGUGCAUCAAAUGCAUCGUGGCCCUGUUUAAUAGAUGUCCUGCCGCGCAGGCGAUGCUGAUGCAAACCGACGUGAGAAGAUCCUGGACGUCCGCAGUGGCGUGGCUACAAGACGAAUUAGAAAGAAAAUAUCCACCAAACACGCAGUACUCUUACAACACGUGGUCGCCGCCCGCCCAAAGCAACGAAAGCUCCAACGGGUUCUAUCUCGAAAGGUCGAACAGCGCGCGCAAAACUUUAGAAAAAGCUUUGGAACUGAUGCCCGAGGUGGUGGAACGCGAAGAGGAACUGGGCGAUAGCCACGCGGUGCACGAGGAGGCGCCUCCCGCUAGCGUUGUGGAGCACGCGCAGCAGAACGUGGACGUGACGCCGGAAUUGCCGGACCUAACGCAGCGCAACGACAACCAACAGGAUAGGUAAAAAACGAGUAAACGUUUCGAGAAAUUCGUGGUAAACCCGUUCAUUCACUUUAAUCGCUUUUUGGUUGCCUCCUGCACGUUCAUUUCUAACAAAUGGAAUUCAAACGAGCGUUUAGGAAUAUGUGAUAUGUAUGUAAAUAUUAUAAAAAAAAUAGUAACCACACAAGUUUUAUAUAUUGGCUGGGAAGUAUCUCGUCCUCUUUGAGCAUGUUCCUCUCUCUUUUAAUUAUGAAAUCGAGAUAUGUAAAUAUCAAGAGACUUAAGAGAAGCAAAUUAGGAAAAAACUGGCAAGAAAGAAAGCAAACUGAUUUUCUAUGUAAGCACUCAUUAAAUUAUAGCGCUUGGUUUUUAUAGCAAUUAUUAAGUACACAUUUGUCUUAACCUCGUAUUAAAUAAAAUUAAAUGUACAUAUUUAGAAGAAAAACUAUUACGUUUCUAUAGAUUCAUAACACUUUACAGCCUUUUUUCAAAAGAUUGCUUACCUUGUUUUGAAUUAUUUACUUUAUUUAAUCAAUAUAUAAAAAAUUAUAUGGCCUUUGAAGUAUGACACAAAUGCAUUCAUGGAAAUUUUUCAAAAAUAUCUGAAAGAAAUAUCAUGAAUUUUACAGAAGAAUAAAGGAAAAAUAAUUUUUCAGUUGAUUUCGUUUU